UGCGUCACCCGUGGUGGCCGCGGGAAGGUGCCCCCAGCAUGGCGGCGGUGCGGGCAGCGGCGCGGCGGAGCCCCACGGGGCUCAGGGCGUUCUGGAGCAGCCGCAGGAAGGAGGAAAGAGUAGUGGAAGCAGACCGAGCAGUUCCUGAGAAGGAGGAGAGGAAUGAGCCCAGCCUGAUCUGCCCCCCACCACGCAGCCAGAGUUACCUCCCUCGCGAUGACCUGCAGAGCUGCCUCGAGUCCCACAUCAGGGAGGUCUUUGGGCCCUCUCUUCCUGAGGACUGGCAGCAGACUCCUCUGCAGGAGAACAGGCUGAAGCAUCGCCUGCUGGCCCAGCUGGUGGCAGAGCUGGGACACGCUGUCCCCAACUCCCAGCUGCACCGGAUGCGCCACGCCGGGGAUGUGCUGGGUUUCUAUCGCACCCCCGUGAAAGAUGGGACCAAGAUUGAUGAACUCGUGGCUGCAGAGCUGCCCCCAAACCUGAGAAUUGUCUGGCAGCAGUGAGUCCCCCCACAGAGCAUCCCUGUGCCUGGCUUGUGCUGCAGGGCAGCAGCAGAGCCCUCUCGUUGGGGUGAGAUGUGUGAAUUUCACUAAUAAAGGUUCGCUGAGCUGUG